AAAAUUGUGGUUUUAAAUCAAAUUAACAAACUUUUAACAGUUGACAAAAUAUAUUUAUAUUUAAUUCAUUGAUCCACCAAAACUACUAUUGAACAUUCGUCCGUGUCUCUUCCUUUUCCGGUUUCAGGCCAAAACAGACAGGGCCGUCAAGAUGAAGUUCAACAAAAUGUCGUCGUCUUCAAGACGCAAGAACAGGAAGCGUCACUUCAACGCCCCAUCUCAUGUACGCAGGAAGUUGAUGAGUGCUCCUCUGUCAAAAGAACUUAAACAGAAGUAUAAUGUUAGAGCAAUCCCCAUCAGAAAAGAUGAUGAAGUUCAGGUUGUCCGUGGACAUUACAAAGGUCAACAAGUAGGCAAGAUUGUGUCGUGUUACAGAAAGAAAUUUGUUGUAUACAUUGAAAGAAUACAGAGAGAGAAGGCCAAUGGUGCCUCCGUAAAUGUUGGCAUCCAUCCUUCAAAGGUGGUCAUUGUAAAACUUAAAAUGGACAAAGACCGAAAGAAAAUUCUUGAGCGCAAGGCUCGCUCUAGACAGGCCGCUGAUAAGGGCAAACACACAGAAGAAUCUAUCAUGGAAACAUCAUAGUCAUCUGCUUAUGUCCUGUAGUUGUCCUGGAAAUAAAGAGAAAAACACAA